CUCUGGCAGCUCCGCCUCUCACAGUCCCUCCCCUGAGUUCGAGCUGGAUCUUGUCCCUCCAACAUGGGGAUGCAGGGGAGGGGGGUACAGCUCCCACUUAAAGCUGUUGAUCCCCUCCCCUUAUGAUGCCACUAACUGAGCCAGCCUGUGCAACGAAACUGAGCUACCAACUGAAGGAUCAGCUUGGGAAAUGGGUCGUCAACGCUAGAUGAGAUGCUGGCCUCCAGUUCCUGUUUUUCAAAUAGCAAGUUUCAGGACCAAGGAUAGCAACCACCCGCUCUGCGUCUAUUUCCCACCGCAGGCGCCACCUCAACGCAGCAGACUGAAUUCCGCCCCCGCUGGCAGCAGCUUCGAGAUUUGAGCGCUUCCUCUGACUACAACACCAGGGACAGCGCCUUUUCUGGGAAAGCAGUCGUCUUCCUCACCAAAUUGCUAUCGUCACAGCUUCAGUCUCCCGUGUGGAGGAACAGCACUGAGCCACGUUGGUGAAACAUGGCAACUGAGGUCCACAAUCUCCAAGAACUGCGGAGGAGCGCUUCAUUGGCUACCAAGGUUUUUAUACAGCGAGACUAUAGUGAUGGGACUAUCUGUCAAUUCCAGACCAAAUUCCCUCCUGAACUGGACAGUCGGAUUGAGCGGCAAUUUUUUGAGGAAACAGUGAAGACACUGAACAACUUCUAUGCAGAGGCUGAGAAAAUUGGGGGCAGCUCUUAUCUGGAGGGAUGUCUGGCCUGCGCGACAGCCUAUUUCAUCUUCCUUUGCAUGGAGACCCACUAUGAGAAGGUUCUGAAGAAGAUCUCCAAGUAUAUCCAGGAGCAGAAUGAGAAGAUUUAUGCUCCACGAGGGCUUCUGCUGACUGACCCGGUGGAGCGGGGCAUGAGAGUUAUUGAGAUUUCUAUCUAUGAAGAUCGUUGCAGCAGUUCCAGCUCAGGCAGCACCAGCAGCACCAGCAGCACUGCUGGGGGAGGUGGGGGAACAGGGGGCCGGUGACUGGCACAAAGUCCCGGCAGGGACUUGUACUGCCGGGACGAUGGAGUCUCUGAGAUUCGCAGGCUGCGCUAUCAGAGCACCCGUUUCUGAGCUCCCCCAGGGGGGUCAGGAUGCCAGCAAGGAGUAUCAUGACACCUCUGAGAUUUACAAUGGUCAGUGAAAUCCUGGAUCCCAGAGGAUUCCUGACCUUGACUUGAGUGGCUGUUACCCCUGAAGGAGCUCAAUUUCUGUGGCCGAAUUCAUUAUAUCUUGAAAUAUUGGCACUUCCUGUGAGUUCCUGCAGGCAUGAUGGCACCUGAUUUUCCCAGAUAGAUUAUUACUCCAAUUCUGUCCUCAAUCUAUGGGCUUAUUACCUGAACUGGCUACAACUGCUAGCUGAAGUCAAGUGAUCAGCAAAUAGCAACCCAGCAUAGCGAGCUGGGAUGGGGUAGGCUGAAGAAAUAGGAGAUUUUUUUAAAAAACCAAGUUAUAAUCCCAUGACUGAGAGUUCCUGCCUUGUUCCUUAACAGGCUACCUUAGCUCCUGCCUUUGGGUGCUAUGUAUAUUCCUUUCCUGAACUUCAGGCAUGCUUAUGCUUUGAAUAUUCAGUGUCCAUAGUUCUUCCACUUCAAUUGCCUGCAUUCUCUCCUAUACCUCUAGUGCUGGUACUUCCAAAACAUGUCUUCACAGAUGCUAGGAUGUCUUCUAUUCUUGGAAACCAUAGAACAUGCCUUAUGCUCUAUUUCUUUCAGGGCACUAGAAAAGAAUAUAGAGCCACAGAAUGGAACUGCUCCUUAGUUUGGGACAGUAGCAUGAAUACUACUGAAGACUAUAACUUCUUCCAAAUUUGGAAGUCUGCACUUCAUUGACUCUGGCCAACUCCAAAAGAUUUCAGUACAAUUCUGGGGUCAUGGAGAGCACUAAAAGUAUUCUGAGGCUUUAAAGGUGCAUUGUGGGUAGAGGGGUGGGAUAAUGGUUUAUUUAUUGCUUAACUUAGUCCAGCCCAAGAAGUAUAUUUUAAGUAUGUAUGUAAAUAUCUACUAUAGCUCUAACUAUCUAGACUUCAUCCUGCCUCUGCCUCCGAGUUGGUACACAAAGUCACAAGAAAGAAUAUUUCCCCAAGGCUAAUAGAGUAAGUGUUUUUCUCUACAGAUUUUAACUUACUUCCCAACACUGGUGUUUUGCAACAUCACCUUAUCACUUGUAUGCACAAGUUGUUCCUGGUGGUAUGUUUUCUCAUCCUGUUUAUAGCUGUUUGGGUCCUACAAAUAUUUAAGAAACUCUAGGUAUUGGUGCUUCAGUGCCACUUCUCUGAGUUCCUUGGUGCCACUCUGUGAAACAAGAUAGAUCAAAAGAAGAGGAUGCUAGGUUGUCCAAUGAAUCAGUAUUCAAAUCAUGGAUGAAGUUUGUCACUACCUCCAACAACAAACAAUAGAUCCUUAAAUACUUCAGAUUUUUCACAUAUUACACAUCUGUCUCUGUGUAUUGUAGGCAUAUGCAUGCUGAAAGCCUCAAAGAAUAAAAUUGUACACAUGUCUAAGGAUGGGGGAGUCUUAAGUUGAGUGCACACUAGGGCAUUAUUAUUCACUGAAUGCCUGGCCUGAGAAACUCUGCUGCAACUCAUUGUCAUUACUCAGGGGCAUGGUGGGGCAUCUGCUGAAAGCCCUGGUGCUAAUAAAGAUACAUUGCCAAUCAUGCCAUAGCAGGCAUCAGUCACCUGUCUGAUGCUUCUGUAGGAUAGUUCUUGCUGCAUCAAUAACUGUUUUUCCACUGUUUCUAUCCAUUACUCCCCUUGUGACUCUCACCCUUCCUUGACUUGGUGAACCUGCUUCCCACAUUCCUACUAAAGUCUGAGCCAUGCCAACUAUGACUGCUUGCUAUCAUUUCUGUUGGCCAUUCCUCUCUAGGUAUGGCACUUACGGAUACACUGUAGAAUGAUGAUUAAGGCCAGGCCUAUAGCCUCUCCUAAAAGUUGGGGGAGAGAACAAAAAAACGGAGAGAAUAGCUUAUGUGGACCUUUAAAAAUAAGGAAAAAAUACAUGUUACAGGAUGGGACAGAAAGAUGCCACAUUAACUUUCAUACUUAUUGUAAAUACUCAUGAGGCACAAGAGUGAAGGAGACAUAAGGGAUUGGAAGGGGCAAUAAGUAGCCAGCAGUGGGGCACCUUAUAGAGAUUGCAGUAAUAGAAGUUGUAGGAGAUGUGGCUACAGGAUUCCCAGAUGGAACAGGGUUUCUUCAGCAGCAACCAUGUUAAGGGUUCACUAAUAACAGGAGAUCACCUUGAUUUCAGAAUUGGAUUUCCCUGAAAGUGAGAAAAGAAUUGGAGAUUGACCAAACCUUGUUCUCUGGGACUGGAACUGCAGAGGCUAUGGCAGAUGGAUAGACAUUAGGCCAGAUGUACCCAGAUGCCUUGAGCAGCUGCUCCUCAUGCCAUAUGUUGGGUAUCAUUUUUGCCACAUGAAUUUGGUCAUUACUCAACCCAAUAUGUCUCUACAUGGCAAUUUCUAACAAUAAAUGGCAAGUGAGAAAUUA